UGUCAAGAGGGGAAGGCCUUGCUCAGUCUAUUUAUUUUUUAUUUUUUCGCACCCUCCCACACAUUUAACGUCGCCAUAAUUGUGUUUUAUUCGUAUAGGUGGACGGGCGGUGUUCAUUUUAAGCUUUUUGGUGUCGACUGAAACACCGGAACGCCCCCCUCCAGUCGUUUGUCGGUCGUAAAGUCCGAACAUCCAGCUGAUUGCUUUGAGUGCUGUUCAAUUAUUCCAGUUCAAACUGAGCCGUUUCCUUUGACUUAACGGAAGGCUUUUUGUGGCUGAAGCGAGUUUGCCGACGCGAUAUUUAUUUAUUUUUUACCCAUAUGUGGACUUUCGGAGGAAUUGGACAGCUAUCGUUUUGUGUAAUUUGAGCGUUGAAGGCUUUUUCUCAUUGAACGACCAGGCCCCGGACUCAUCCCCAGCCUCGCGUUUCCUUAUCGGCUUUUUGUGUGUGCGUGUGUGUGGGUGCGCGCGCGUGUGGGUGCCUGUGUUUGUGUGUGUGUGUGUGUUGGAAGUCAUGGGAGACACUAGUGAACGAAGCAAACCUCCGACUCUACCUCCCAGGUGUCCCUGCGGAUUUUGGGGGUCCAGUAAAACGAUGAACUUAUGCUCCAAAUGUUUUGCUGACGUCCAAAAGAAGCAGCCAGUCGAAGACUGCACCCCCAAGCCCAUCCAAAGCACCGGGAGUAGCCAAUCGCCAGUUUUCAGUAGCGAGAUGAGCAGUAGCAGUAGCCAAUCCCUAUCAUUGUUGCCGCCCUCAAGCUCCGAGCAACUGUCAGCUGAAGAGCCCUUACCUGUGUUUUCCAGCACAAGGGAAGGUGUGUCGUCCACAGAAACAGCCCAAGGCACACUCUGCACGCCCACAAAACGUCCACGAGAAUCAGCCUCGGGCUCGGAGAGCGAGGCCACACCAGAGAAACGACCACGGACAGAAGAGAAAGAAGGGAGUGGCGAAGAGGCCCGCGGGACGCCCAAGCAGAAGAACCGUCGGCGCUGCUAUCGCUGCCAAACCAAACUAGAGCUGGUGCAGCAGGAACUGGGAUCCUGUCGCUGUGGCUACGUUUUCUGCAUGCUCCACCGUCUACCCGAGCAACACGACUGUCUGUUCGACCAUCUGGGCCGCGGACGUGAGGAGGCCGUCCUCAAGAUGGUGAAGCUGGACCGCAAGGUGGGCCGUUCAUGCCAGCGCAUCGGGGAGGAGUGCUCCUGAUUGGCCACAGAGUGAGCAGCCAUCCAAUAAAACAGGAGCUUACAAAGAGGA